AUGGAGGAUGGUCUGUUGAGAGUAGGCGGAAGAAGAAAAAACGCCGAUAUAAACUAUGAACGAAAACACCCUAUUCUUCUUCCAAAAUCCCAACCUGUAACUGAUCUCAUUGUUCGCAAUACUCAUAUGGAGCUGAUGAAUUCUGGCCUAAGGAACUGUCAUAUAGCAGAAGACAUUCCAGGAGAAUCAGAAGUGCCGGAACGAGGAAAAUCAGAAAGAUGGCCACCAUUAGGCAAACACUCGAAUCUUCUUGGAGCAGAAGACCCUCCAGGAGAAUCAGAAGUGCCGGAACGAAGAAAACCAGGAAAAGGGUUACCAUUAGGCAAACUCUCGAAUCUUCUUGGAGCAGAAGACACGCCAGGAGAAUCAGAAGUGCCGGAACGAAGAAAACCAGGAACAGGGUCACCAUUAGGCAAACUCUCGAAUCUUCUUGGAGCAGAAGACCCGCCAGGAGAAUCAGAAGUGCCGGAACAAAGAAAACCAGGAACAGGGUCACCAUUAGGCAAACUCUCGAAUCUUCUUGGAGCAGAAGACCUGCCAGGAGAAUUAGAAGUGCGGGAACGAGGAAAAAGAGGAACAGGGUCGCCACUAGGCAAGCACUCCAAUCUUCUUGGAGUAGAAGACCUGUUAGGAGAAUCAGAAGUGCCGGAACGAGGAAAAUCAGGAAGAGGAUCGCCAUUAGGUCAGGAAGAUUCAAUGCGACACUCCGAUGAUUUUAAAGCGAUUCAAAAUGUACCAAAUGGUAUAGAGGCCAUUAAUGGCAAGCAUGUUGGCAUUGAAACACCAGCGAAGAGCAUUUCAGUAUCGUAUUAA